AUGCAUGCCCAGUCUCUCGUCGUGUACAUCUGUGCGCUCUUCGCCUUUGUCAGCGUCUCGGCGGCCGAUAUCCAGAAGCGCUCCUUUAGCGUCAGCAGAGUAGCGAACCCAAACUUCACUGGGCGAAAUGGGCCCCGCGCGCUCGCCAAGGUGUACAGGAAGUUCCUGGUGCCGCUACCCAAAGGUCUUGAGGAGACCAUGCACGCGCAGGACAAGAGGCAGGUUGCUGCUGCCCAGGCCAGGAAGAGAAGCCCCGAGGCGUUUCGGCCCAUGAGGCUGAGGCAGCCGGGACGAAGAGGACUGCUGGACGACUUGCUGCAGGGCCUGGGCCUCGAGGACGGGAAUCAGAAUGGCAAUAAAGGUGAACAGAAUGGGAACCAGGGCGAGAAUGGAAAUAAGAACGGCAACAAGAACGGGAACCAGGAAGGGAACCAGAACGGCAACAAGAACGGAAACCAGAACGGGAACCAGGAAGGGAACCAGAACGGAAACCAGAACGGAAACCAAGAAGGGAACCAGAACGGAAACCAGAACGGAAACCAGGAAGGCAACCAGAACGGAAACCAGAACGGAAACCAGAACGGAAACCAGAACGAGAAUGGAAACAACAACGGCAACAAAAACGGCACAACCGGCGCUCCUCCCCAGGGCACGGCGCCCGGGACAAACCAGACAGGAACGGUAGAGGCAAAGCCGGAGGCCAACGACGCCGAGUUCAUCUCGCCCGUCAAGAUUGGCGGCCAGACGGUCAACCUCGACUUUGACACGGGCUCCUCGGACCUGUGGGUGUUCAACACGCAGCUCGGGACGGGGUCUGGCGCCGGCCACCGCGUCUUCGACCCGCAACGGAGCCAGACGUUCCGGCUCAUGCCGGGAGCGUCCUUCAACAUCUCGUACGGCGACGGCUCCGGGGCCGUGGGCAACGUGGGCACAGACGUGGUCGACGUCGGCGGCGCCUCGUUCCCCAACCAGACGGUCCAGCUGGCCACGGCGGUCUCCCAGUCGUUCGUCCAGGACCAGAGCAACGACGGCCUCAUGGGGCUCGCCUUUUCCAAGAUCAACACGGUCAAGCCGGUCAAGCAGGCGACCUUCUUCGACAACGUCAAGGACUCGCUCGCCGCGCCCGUCUUCACGGCGGACCUGCGCAAGGCCGCCAGCGGCUCCUACACGUUUGGCACCAUCGACGAGUCCAAGUUCAAGGGCCCGAUGGCGUGGAUCCCCGUCAACACCACCCAGGGCUUCUGGCAGUUCACCAGCGAGAGGUUCGCCGUCAACGGCGGACAGCCCAAGACCUCGACGCCCGGUGGCCAGGCCAUUGCCGACACGGGCACCUCGCUCAUGAUCGCCGACUCCGUCAUGGUCCAGGCCUACUACGACCAGGUCCAGGGUGCGCGGGUCAAUGCCCAGGAUGGCAGCGUCGUUUUCCCCUGCAACGCAAAGUUGCCUGACCUCGACGUCGACAUUGGCGGCGUGUACAUGGCCAGGGUUGCCGGGUCGGACAUGGUCUUUGCGGACCUUGGCAACGGCGAGUGCUUUGGUGGCUUGCAAGUCAGCCCGAUUCGCAACCUUGCCAUCUAUGGCGACAUCUUUUUCAAGUCGCAGUUUGUCGCGUUCAACGCGGGCAACACCAGCUUGGGCAUGGCUCCUCACGCGUAG